AUGGGGUCGCGACUUCUUCUUCUGGGGCGUAUCCGUUCCUCGGUGCUCUCCGACUCGCAUUGGGGGCUCGGCGUGCGCCUCGAACGGCUUCUUGAACGGGAACGGGUGGGGCUCCGCUCUGGGGAGCGUUGGUUUACAUCACAAAAUUAUAAGGGUAAUGCCUAUAGUAAUUAUAUUAUUUCGUUAUUAUUUACUGAUUCCCUCUGUUUUGUUCUUAUCAUAGGUAACAUUGUCUCAUUCAUGGUGUUCUUAGCACCCUUGCCAACCUUCUAUACAAUAUACAAGAACAAAUCAUCUGAAGGAUUUCAAUCAAUCCCAUAUGUGGUUGCACUUCUAAGUGCAAUGUUACUGUUAUAUUAUGGUUACCUUAAGACCAAUGCAAUUUUGAUCAUCACCAUCAACUGUAUUGGAUGUGUUAUAGAAGUUGCAUACCUUCUCAUGUAUAUUAUAUAUGCUCCCAGGAAGCACAAGAUUUCUACCUUGUGGAUGAUGCUUGGUGCUGAUGUGGGUGGUCUUGGCAUAACCAUGAUAAUCACCACUUUCAUUGUGAGAGGUGACAAACGUGUUCAUGCAGUUGGUUGGAUCUGCGCCAUUUUCAACAUUGCAGUGUUUGCUGCACCCUUAAGUAUCAUGGUAACUUUAUAUACAUAUUUUCAUAUUCAAUUAUUAAUCUUCAACACUUUCACUUUCAAUAAACAUUAUACAUUUUUUAUUAGCAUCUUCUUGCAUGAAUUGCAGAGGAGGGUGAUAAAGACUAAAAGUGUAGAGUACAUGCCAUUUUCUUUGUCCUUGUUUCUUACCCUCUGUGCUACCAUGUGGUUUUUCUAUGGACUAUUCGACAAGGAUUAUUACAUCAUGCUUCCUAAUGUGCUAGGAUUUUUGUUUGGUUUCGCUCAAAUGGCCUUAUACCUCAUAUACAAGAAUGCAAAUAACAAAAUUGAGAACAAUAUUCCGGAGCAACAACCAGAAUGGGGAAUCACAGUGCACACUGCACACCAUGAUUGUGAUGGCAACAAAACCAAUUUCCCUUCAGAGAUGGAAAUGAAAGAUAAUGAUCAAGUUUGAUAUGAUGUUAAUGCUAUGGAAGACUUAAUGGUAUUUAGGCACAGGCUAAUAAAUGCUAUAUAAAUAUAUAAAUAUCAAUAAUAACAUUAUAAUAUAGGGAGUGUUGUUAAUUUCCAUGCAUUUGACUAUGUUAUAAAUUAAACUAGUGACUUUAGAGAGUUCCUAUUUGGUUUGGUUGUGGUUAGUUGAAAUUGAAGCAGAAUCUUCAAAUUCUGCAUGGUUAAUUUAGCGGUUUAGAAAUUGUUACUAGGAUGUACUUGUUGACUACAUAAUGAAACAGAUCCUAGGUUCUGCUUCAUAGG